AGGCGGCCGGGCCCGGAGCGGCACAGCCCGAGCGAGCUCAGACCAGAACCAGACCAGCCCAGCCCAGACCAGCUCAGUUCAGCUUAGAGCAGCCCAGCUCAGCCGGGCGGAGGUGGCAGCGGCUGCGGCAGCGAGCGCUGCCCCGUGUCACCCGCUGCCGGCACACCCCGGCUGCCUUACGGAGCGCCGGCCGGAAUCUCAGUCAGCAAGGGAAGGCGCCCGCCCCGCACUUCGCCGCUCUCCGCCCGCAAUCGCCCGAGACACCCGCCGCGACACCGACACCGACACGGGCCGCCGCCGCCGCCGCCGCGCCAUGGCGCUCGCAAGGCAAGUGCUUUGUGUGUGUGCUUUGCUGGGGCUGCCGCUCGCUGGCGCCGAGCCCAUCCGCUACUCCGUAGCCGAGGAGGCGGAAAGCGGCUCCCUGGUGGGCGAGCUGGCCGAGGACGCGGGGCUGACGCCGGCGCAGCUCUCGGCUCGCCGCGCCCGCCUGGUCUCGGAGGACGGCCGCCAGCAUUUUCGCUUGGAGCGCGCCUCCGGCCGCCUCGUCGUGGCAGGGAGGCUGGACCGGGAGCAGCUGUGUGCCCAGUCCGACACCUGCAUGCUCCCCUUCGAGCUGCUGCUCUCCAACCCCCUGCAGUUCUUUCGGGUCGAGGUGACGGUGAAGGAUAUCAAUGACCAUUCACCCGUCUUCCCCGAGGAACAAGUCACUUUUGAAAUCACUGAAAAGAGUGAUCCCGGUUCACGUUUCCCACUGGAGGCUGCUCAGGACCUCGAUAUUGGCAGCAACACAGUCCAGGAGUACAUAAUUACUCCCGAGAAUGAUUAUUUUAGAGUCUCUGACGAAAGUCAUAUCACAGGCACGAAGUAUCUUGAACUAGUACUGGAAAAGUCACUAGACAGAGAGGAGCAGGCAGAGAUGAGUUUCAGUCUUAUUGCCAUGGAUAGGGGCUCCCCUCCCAGAAGUGGGACCACCCAAGUCAAAAUUGUCAUUCUAGAUGUAAAUGACAAUGCUCCCAUCUUCACACAGGAGGAGUACCUAGGGCAGAUUUUGGAGAACACACCAGAGGGCUCUGUGGUUCUGACUGUUUUGGCAAUUGAUCCCGAUGCAGGAGUUAAUGGGGACAUUACCUAUCAACUUAGUCAAGCAGUGGGACAGAGUGACUCUGCAUUUGUGAUUGAUCCCAUAACUGGUGAAAUUAAACUCACAAAACCUCUGGACUUUGAAGCAGCAGAAGUGCAUGAGCUGAUUGUGAAGGCAAGAGAUGGUGGAGGGCUGUCAGCAAUCUGCAAGGUGUUGGUGGAGGUGGUGGAUGUGAAUGACAAUGCCCCAGAGCUGGUGGUCAGUUCCUUCAGCAGUCCCCUCCCCGAGAACACAGAGCCCGGCACGGUGGUUGCCCUGUUUACGGUCAGGGACCGGGAUUCUGGUGCCAACGGGAAGAUCUCCUGUGCCCUGCAGGAUCAGCUCUUCUUCUCCCUGCAGCCAGCCUACAAGAAUUACUAUGAGCUGGUGACAGUGAGCGCGCUGGACCGCGAGGAGACGCCUCAGUACAUCCUCAGUGUGACGGCAGCAGAUGCGGGCUUGCCUCCUCUCACCAGCACGCACACCUUCACCGUGGACAUCUCCGACGUCAAUGACAAUGCCCCCGUCUUCAACCAGACCUCCUACACCAUGUACGUGCGUGAGAACAACGUGCCCACGGUGUUUGUGGGAGCCGUGAGCGCUGCAGAUGCUGACGUGGGGCUGAAUGCCAAGGUGACCUAUUCCCUGGCAGCAGAGCAAGGGCCAGAGCGGGCCUGGUGCUCCUGCAUCUCGGUGAACUCGGAGAAGGGACACGUGUUUGUGCUGCGGCCCCUGGACUACGAGCGCUUGAGGCAGACCGAGGUGACGGUCAGUGCCUCUGACGCGGGCUCUCCUCCGCUGAGAGCCAACGUCACCGUGCGCCUGGUGGUGCUGGACGAGAAUGACAACGCCCCGCUCGUGCUCUACCCGGCCCAGGAGAGCGGCCCGGCCUCCAGUGAGCUGGUGCCCGUGUCGGCUGAGGCAGGCUACCUCAUCAGCAAAGUGGUGGCCGUCGAUGCCGACUCGGGACAGAACUCGUGGCUCUCCUACCACCUGCUCAGGGCCACCGACCCAGGCCUGUUUUCCGUGGGCCUGCAAAGCGGCGAGGUGCGUCUCAGGAGGCCGGUGACAGAGAGAGACAGCGUCAAGCAGAAGCUGGUGGUGCUGGUCAGAGACAAUGGCAAGCCCCCGCUGUCAGCCACGGCAGCUCUCAGCGCUCUCCUGCUCAAGGACUUCUCCGACAUGCGCCUCCCGCACAGCAGCCCGGCCGGCGAGGAUCAGGCUGCUGCCUCCCUGACCACCUAUUUAAUCAUUGCCUUGGUCUUUGUCUCCCUCCUCUUCCUCAUCUCCACGGCAGUGCUGCUGGCUCGCAAGGUGUGCAGGAGGAAGGAGCUGAAGGCUGGCCCUGUGCUCUAUGCUGCCGACACCUUGCAGAGCGGCCUGGCCGAUGCGGCCGCUGCAGGGACCCUGCCCCGCGCCUAUUGCUACGAGAUCAGCCUCACCACGGGCUCGGGCAACAGCGAGUUCAGAUUCCUCAAGCCCAUCCUGCCCAGCCUGCCCCCACAGCACUGCGCCGUGGGCCAGGUCCCCGAUGAGGAUCAGGAUUUCCCCAGUGUCCCUGUCAGCAGCGAGGACAUGGCCCCAGACAAUGCUGGCACUCUCUCUGCAGGACAGUUCAACGCUCUUUCCUUUGACUAGCUGGCGUCUGCACAGACUGAUGCUUCUUGGAUCUUGAGAGGAUGGGAUCCAGUCUUCAGCAAGUGAAAUGGUUCCUCCUGAAUUAAUCUUUUUCUGCAGUUGGUUCAACCAUUAUUCUUCAAAUUCUCUUCAUAAUAUUCACAAUCUGCCACUCCCAAGAACAGCAACGAGUGUAAAGGAGGCAAAGGUUCUCUCACUUAUUUAUUAAUUUGUUUCAGCUCUUUUACUGCUAUUUCUGAUAGGCUUUAUGUCUAUGUUUAGUAUUCACAGCUAUGUUGUUGUUUCUCUUGCUGUCUGAAAAGCCAUAGGAUGUUUUCUAAUCUUUAAAUAAAGUCACAGCUGGCAAAACAAUUCAUAUUUCCCUGCAGUAAAACAAAUGAAAUGCAAAAAGCCCUUUUUGUGCUUCUGGAAAGCAGGGUUUCUGUGACUCCUGAGACUCUUUGUCACAUUGCAGUAGACCCUUUCUUCCCUGGAUAUUGGAUGCUGUCUGAGAUGUGUUCUCUCUGUGCUUUGCUUUCUUGUCGCCAUGAUAAGCAAGACAAGCUUUCCUUUGCAUUCAUACAUUGAAUGUCUGCACAUGCUUCAAUAAUGCUGCCUCCUGAAGCAGUUGCUCCCACCCAGCCAUUGCAACACAGGCAGUUCCAGCUCGGUAGGAAAGGAGGUGAUUUGGACCCUUUGACAACAGCAGUCUCAUCUUCAUUAUCUAGCUCACAGCAGGGCCACAAAGUUUACAACAAAACCUUACUUUGGCUUAAAGAAGGGCUUGGAUGUUGUGUUCACAUGGGAUUGCCUUGGAAAUACGGCAGCACAAACAGUGUUAAGAGUGGACUAUAGAACUGAACAGAGCUGUAACAUGUAACAGACACACGUACCUUGUCAAUGAAUGCAUUGAAGGAAAAAUCCACAAAUAUUGAAACACGGUUAUCGGAUGGUGGAGUCAAGAAGUGUUGGGAAGGAUGCAAAUUUGACAAGAAAGUCUCACAGAUCUGUGUGCUUGGUAGAAAGAUUUUUGAUAGUAGACUCUGAAGAAUGAAUACAAAUGAAAACAAGUUUUGAUACAGAAGAAAAGAAUUGCUAAGCCAGUCUUACUGGAUAACCAAGGAGGCAAAGGGUGUGUUCGUCUGAAUGGGGUUUUAUGGCUAAGAGCAAAGGAUAAACACACCUCCAACAAAAGAUGUUUUUACCAAGCAAAAAAUACCACAGGCAAACAAACAUGCCAAUGUCGCAAAUGGAAAAAAGGACUCAGAAUUUUGCACAGCAAAAAAACUGAAAAACAACUUCUAGAUUAAACUGUGACAGAUUAACAUUAAGUGAUUGGAGAUUAGUAACAUGAGUAUGGUAAUUGUAGUAGUUAUGAUGGGCUACAGGUAAAAGUUAAGGUACAAAUUUGUUCUUAUGUAUUAAGAUGCUCAGCAAAUAAAAUGAUAUAAAGCAUUGGAACCAAAAUUAAAGGGUCUUCAGACAUGUCUGCAGCUGGAGCCGAAAGAUGUAGGCCCAGGCUCUGAUGGCUAUGACCCUGGACUGUCGUAACAUCUGGGAUAAAAUAAACUGCACUUUGAAGAGCUGCCUGGAAUCCUUAGUCUCCCACUCAGGCUCUGACAAAGAAGAACUUUUUUAAAAAGACAUUGAGAAUGCUCUUUUCAUUGCUUUUCCUGAAUCCCAAGAUUUCUUGAUGAGGCUAGAAAGCUGUUCCUGUUUGAUUUUCUGUAUUUGUGCCCGAGAAUUUGCAUUCCCAUGUUUACCCUUUCUCCUCUGAAAUGUACUGAGCAUUUUACUGAGCCUAUUACUCUAGAGGAUUGUCACACCCUGUAAAAACACUGGCUGUUUGAAUAAUGUCUGCAAUGCAUGAAAUACUCCAAAAGCCGGCCUCACACUGUGUUGUGCUGAAGUGAUACAGUUUACCAUUGGAAAUUGGCAUAACUCUAGGUUUAGGAACAGAAAAAAAGGUGUUAAACUGAAAUAAAGAGAACAUUCUGACUGCUUUAGUGGAUAAA